AUGAUCCGGGGAGGAUAUUUGGGAUUAGGCGGAAAUGGAAUCGUUUUUGAGGCGUCGGCUUCUCGGCGUGGGCGGCACGAGGUGUACGCCGUCAAAUUGCUUUUCCUGGACAGCAAUUUCAUGCAUGAUACUUAUAGGAACAUUAUGAACGCACUCGCUGUAACGAGGCACAUGGAGAUGCGGAUUUGCACGCUUCUUCGAACGUCUACGGCGGAAGAACUGUAUCUUCAGGAUGGGUUUGCUGUGCCUCUUCACUGCGGGCGAAUACGGGGGCUUCCUGAUCUAUUUUAUGUGGGCAGUUGGGGUGCUGCAUGCAGCUUUGUGGUUCUUUAUAAGAAGCUGUAUUGCAGUCUCGCUGACCUUAUGUCGGCCUGCUCCUAUUUGUCCAACCCAUGCAGGUUGCUGCUGUCAAGGCAAAUGAUAGAAGUUGUCUACAAUUUGCAUGCCAAGGGUCUCGUCCAUAGAGAUCUCAAAGAUUCGAACUUUUUGCUCGAUGGGCAAGGCAACGUGUACCUGGGCGAUUUUGGCCUCAGUGUUCUGAACAAUAGCAAGGAAGCUAUUGUUUACACACCUAAGCUGACAGAUCCGGCGGACGCCAGGACUUUGCUGAAGGCUUGGGAUGGCCGGCGGCCGGUUUUUGCCCAAGUUAAGCAGGAGGCAGACUUAUGGGCUUUGGGCAUGACCUUGUACAAGUUGUGGACAGGUGUGUAUCCUUUCGGGCUUUCAUCCAAGCACUUCAGCAAGUCUAAGGAUAUCACGAACUACAUCCAACAGCUUAGCGAGGAUACCAGCACCUCCAGCUUCCUGCGCCGAGGCCAAGAUGUCUGGGGCCGACCCAUUCUCCCCGAAGUGCAGAGGAUUAUUCAGGGCCUACUACGCUUCGACCGUCGCGAGAGACUACGCUUAAGCGAUAUUAUAAACACGUCGCCCCUGUUUGCUUGA